GACUUUUAUUUUGAUAGGAUGACGUGACGUCACAAGGCUGCGCCGCGCUCCUGCGUUUGCUGUGAUUCUGCUGAAGAAAGGUUGUGUUUUCGGCGAUUUAAGUUGAAGACCAACUGUUUUGUGCAAGUAAAGCGCACCCACACAUAACUAACAGAGAGGGUGUAUGUCAGUUCGUCCCAUAUACCGUGAAUCUGUUUAUCUCUCACACGAAUUCAAUCACUGUUGUUUAAAUUAUUACUUGCUGCUAGGAAGGAAUAUAACUAUUAUAAAGAUGGCUUUUAUUAAAGAGGAGAGUGAAGACGUGAAGAUUGAAGAAGCAUUCAGAGUCAAACAAGAAGAUACAGAGACACAAACAGCUCCUGCUGUACUGGUUUCUUGUAAAAGCUGAUGAUACUGCGUUUCGACCUGAUGCUGCUGAAAGAGGAGAGUCAAGAACUGCAUGAUGUAGAGGAAGACAAAUGUCAUGAUUUCAUAACUAAAAACGAUCCUUCACAAAAAAGUGAUUUCACCUGCGAAGUGUGGAAAGAGUUUCGCCAGAAGAGGGGGACUUAAGGUCCACAUGAGGAUUCACACUGGAGAGAAACCUUUCACCUGCCCUCAGUGUGGAAAGGGUUUUAUUGAAAAUGGAAACCUUACCAAACAUAUGAGAGUUCACACUGGAGAGAAGCCUUUCAUGUGCCCUCAGUGUGGAAGGUGUUUCACACAUCAAGCAACCCUUAAUACCCACAUGAUCGUUCACACUGGAGAGAAGCCGUUCACGUGUGAUCAGUGUGGAAAAAGGUUCAGAAGGAAACCAAACCUUAAUGGCCACAUGUUGAUUCACUUAAGGGAAAACCGUUUUAAGAGUAAUCACUGCGAAAGGAGUUUCACAGACAAGAAGCACCUCGAGGAUCACGUCAUAACUCACAUCGGAGAAAACCCUUUAAUGUGCUAUCACUGUGGAAAGAGCUGCACGAACAAAGCAAACCUUAAGAUUCACUUGAGAACUCACACCGGAGAGAAACCUUUCACCUGCCCUCAGUGUGGAAGGAGUUUCACAGCUAAAGGAAACCUGAAGACUCACAUGAGGAUUCACACUGGAGAGAAGCCGUUCACAUGUGAUCAGUGUGAAAUCAGUUUCACAUAUAACUCAGACCUGAAACGUCACAAGCAAUCUCAUUCUGGGGAGAAAUGGCAGCGUUCCUCAGUGUGAUGAUGAGGUUAGCAAAACUGAACACCUGUGCAUUACCUCUGGAUGAUGAGAGAGUAUUUUGUCAUCGCACUUAAAACCUGACUAGUCAUGCAGAUGUGAGACCCUGUUUUUGUUCUUUGAAAAGAGUUUUAAAGUUUAGCCGUUUCUAAUGGCAUCAGAAAAUGUGUCUGUGUGAAAUUAAUUUUGAUUGAAUAGAGGCAUCACUAUUUGAUUCAGAUUAAUACUCAUUAUAUUACAUAAAGUUCCAUUUUGCUUUAAAAGGCACAAUAAAAAUGGAAAAUGAUAGAUAAAGGGACAAAAUGAAAGAAAUAACGAAGAUAUUAAUAGUAACUAAUAUAACAAAGAUUGCACUGUGUUAUCGGAUUCAUCUUUAGUGAGUUGAAUGCACAGGUAAACAUGUUUUCAAUCUGGAUAUGAUUAGGGCUGAACCCUUGUAUUUAACUACGUCCCCCCUGACAAGUUUCAGUUUAUUAAUAUUAUGCUUAGUUUGCGAUUAAUUAUUCAACACAUCAUGUAAGUAAUUUGAUUACAAUUUUUAACUAAAUAAGCUAUUAAAAGUGCAACUAAUCAUGAAAUAUUAAUGACUGACAUCCUUGCAAAAUUCAACCACAUUUCAGUCCUUGACAUAACAUUUUAAGUCCCUGAAGACUGAACUAUAAAGAUUCAAGGACUGGACAUCACUUUUUGAAAUAAUGCAGAUUCGUCUGCUAUCUAUUAGCUCUCACGGUACAUUGAUGUCAAACACUGAUCGGUCUGCACAGCGUUGCUUCAAGUUGAACACACCUAAUUAUUAUUGGAAAUAGCAGUUAACUUAAUUCACGUGAUGUGUGUACUGCUAGGCAUCUUUGGUUUCCUCUUUUUGUCUAAAGAUGGAAAAUGUGUCUUUUUAUCAUUCACUUAUCGGAGUCACUCAUCAAAAGUUGCCAAAAAAUUAAAAAAAAAAAAAGGUAAAUUUGUUGCUAGGUACUUUUGGAAGAAAAAAGUUGCUAAAUCUAGCAUACAAAAUUGCUAAAUUUGCAACACCGCUAGGGAGGCGGGGCCUCCAUAACCAUAACUUAAAACUGUAACUUAAUACACUAGUUCACCAAUCAAGACGGGCAGUUUAAGGCUAGGCUCUUUGUCCAUUGGAUAUAAAAUAACUUUUACUCACCUGAAAAGGAACCAGUUAAUAUCGCUAUUUAAAUGUGGAUCUCCACCCCAUGAAUGCAUGAAGAGUCUGUGUCCAGUGAUUCAACUUUUCCUGCAUACUGCUUAAUGGCACUGAAACAAGUGCAUCCCUCGGGGGCUUCUAAGCGAAAAGCUAAACGGGCACGCAAAGAAAGCGCUGCUCGUGAUGCAGGUAUGUGAGCUGUUGUCAUGUAUUUUGAUUGUAUAUAAUUAAAAUAAAUAGAGCCUCAUUCUGCCGAUUCACCUCA